GCUGAAACUAACAUGAAUGUUUCUGUUACAAAAAUAAAUUUUUAAUAUAUACUUUAGUAAUCUAGUGCUUCAAUAUUUACCGUGCAUUACAUUUGAGGGAUUUAAGCAAAAAUGAAAUUUACAUUCCUGUUUUUCAUUUUACUUAUAAAUGAAAAUUAUGGAGCACGAAUUUUAGGAUUAUUUCCAUUUCAAGGUAAAAGUCAUUGGGUUAUGUUUGAGGCAUUAAUGAAAGGUUUAGCUGAAAAAGGGCAUACCGUUGAUGUUGUUACACAUUUUCCACAAAAGAAACCAAUACCAAGAUACAAUGACAUAAGUAUUGAAGGAUCCAUGCCACUUUUUGUAAAUAAUUUAACAGUCGAAGUGGUUUCAGAAUGGACUCCAGUAGUUUGCAUCGAUUUUGUUGCUUUAAUGGGGGGUAACCUAGUUUGUGAAACGGUUUUAAAUCUAACGAAAAUACAAGAUCUAUAUAAAUCGAAAGAUAAAUAUGAUGUAAUCAUAACAGAAAUAUUUGGAACAGAUUGUAUGCUAGCGUUUGCCCAUUCAUUCAAAGUACCCACAGUUGCAAUUGUAAGUAGCGUGGUUCUUCCAUGGAUACCAGAUCGAUUUGGUUUACCAGAUAAUCCAUCGUACAUACCAAAUUAUUUAUUACCAUUUACGGAAAAUAUGUCGUUAUAUGAACGAUUUAUUAAUACAAUGUUAAAUAUUUACUCCAAGUUUAGGUUUAAUUAUCUAACUCUCAGUGAAUCAAAUAAAAUUGUACGUGAAAAAUUGGAUCCAAACUUACCAUCUUUGUCGAAUUUUAUAAAAAACACAAGUCUAUUGAUUGUAAACAGUCAUUUCAGUAUAAAUGGGGCCAGACCGAUGCCACCAAAUGUUGUGGAAGUGGCUGGACUUCAUGUUGGAAAACCAACUGGAAAAUUACCAACUAAUUUGGAAAAAGUUUUGAAUGAAUCAAAGAAUGGUGUGAUUUAUUUCUGUUUGGGUUCAAUGAUACGAACUGAAUCCUUUACAAUCGAAAAACAGCGAGCAUUAUUAGAUGCUUUUGGUGAAUUACCGUUUACUGUGAUUUGGAAAGGCGAAGAAGAUAAAUUUCCUGCACCAAUACCGAAAAAUAUCUAUUUUGAUACAUGGUUACCACAAUUAGAGAUUUUAUGUCACCCAAAAACAAAAGUAUUUAUUACGCAUGGAGGUUUGAUGGGUACUCAAGAAGCAAUUGCAUGUGGAACACCUUUAAUUGGUCUUCCAUUCUUUGGUGAUCAAGAUUUAAAUAUUGGAAAAUAUGUGGAAAAGGGCAUUGCAGAAAAAUUAUCCUACGAAACUUUAACGAAAACAAAUAUUUUAAAUGCAUUAAACAAAGUUUUAUACGAUCCUAAAUACGAAAGAAAUAUGAAAUAUUUGUCAGAAUUAUACAAAGAUCGACCAAUGUCUGCAAUGGAAAGCGCAGUUUAUUGGAUUGAAUAUGUGAUCAGACAUAAAGGAGCGCCACAUUUACGACCGUACAGUGUGAACUUAACUUGGUAUCAAUAUUACAUGUACGAUGUUAUGUUCAUUUCAAUAAUAUUAGUUUUAAUUGUUUUAAGUGUUAUUUACUUUUUAAUUAAAUUAAUAAUUAAACAAUUUAUUGGUUCUAAGAAUCCACAUAAACAGAAAACUAAAAUGAAAUUUACAUUCCUGUUUUUCAUUUUACUUAUAAAUGAAAAUUAUGGAGCACGAAUUUUAGGAUUAUUUCCAUUCCAAGGUAAAAGUCAUUGGGUUAUGUUUGAGGCAUUAAUGAAAGGUUUAGCUGAAAAAGGGCAUACCGUUGAUGUUGUUACACAUUUUCCACAAAAGAAACCAAUACCAAGGUACAAUGACAUAAGUAUUGAAGGAUCCAUGCCACUUUUUGUAAAUAAUUUAACAGUCGAAGUAGUUUCAGAAUCGAUGCAAUCUCCAGUAGUUUGCAUCGAUUUUGUUGCUUUAACAGGGGGUAACCUAGUUUGUGAAACGGUUUUAAAUCUAACGAAAAUACAAGAUCUAUAUAAAUCGAAAGAUAAAUAUGAUGUAAUCAUAACAGAAAUAUUUGGAACAGAUUGUAUGCUAGCGUUUGCCCAUUCAUUUAAAGUACCCACAGUUGCAAUUGUAAGUAGCGUGGCUCUUCCAUGGAUACCAGAUCGAUUUGGUUUACCAGAUAAUCCAUCGUACAUACCAAAUUCUUGGUUACCAUUCACGGAAAAUAUGUCAUUGUAUGAACGAUUUAUUAAUACAAUGUUAAAUAUUUACUCCAAGUUUAGGUUUAAUUAUCUAACUCUCAGUGAAUCAAAUAAAAUUGUACGUGAAAAAUUGGAUCAAAAUUUACCAUCUUUGUCAAAUUUUAUAAAAAACACAAGUCUAUUGAUUGUAAACAGUCAUUUCAGUAUAAAUGGGGCUAGACCGAUGCCACCAAAUGUUGUAGAAGUGGCUGGACUUCAUGUUGGAAAACCUACUGGAAAAUUACCAACUAAUUUGGAAAAAGUUUUGAAUGAAUCAAAGAAUGGUGUGAUUUAUUUCUGUUUGGGUUCAAUGAUACGAACUGAAUCCUUUACAAUCGAAAAACAGCGAGCAUUAUUAGAUGCUUUUGGUGAAUUACCGUUUACUGUGAUUUGGAAAGGCGAAGAAGAUAAAUUUCCUGCACCAAUACCGAAAAAUAUCUAUUUUGAUACAUGGUUACCACAAUUAGAGAUUUUAUGUCACCCAAAAACAAAAGUAUUUAUUACGCAUGGAGGUUUGAUGGGUACUCAAGAAGCAAUUGCAUGUGGAACACCUUUAAUUGGUCUUCCAUUCUUUGGUGAUCAAGAUUUAAAUAUUGGAAAAUAUAUGGAAAAGGGCAUUGCAGAAAAAUUAUCCUACGAAACUUUAACGAAAACAAAUAUUUUAAAUGCGUUAAACAAAGUUUUAUACGAUCCUAAAUACGAAAGAAAUAUGAAAUAUUUGUCAGAAUUAUACAAAGAUCGACCAAUGUCUGCAAUGGAAAGCGCAGUUUAUUGGAUUGAAUAUGUGAUCAGACAUAAAGGAGCGCCACAUUUACGACCGUACAGUGUGAACUUAACUUGGUAUCAAUAUUACAUGUACGAUGUUAUGUUCAUUUCAAUAAUAUUAGUUUUAAUUGUUUUAAGUGUUAUUUACUUUUUAAUUAAAUUAAUAAUUAAACAAUUUAUUGGUUCUAAGAAUCCACAUAAACAGAAAACUAAUUAAUUAGUAUUAGGUUACUACUUUAUUUUAUUUUGUAAUUCAAUUGUAAAUAAAUCGAUCUUGCUAACGUUAACAUUCAUUUGUUUAAUAGAAAUAAAUCGUUUUAAAAUAA